AUGGCGGCUUUUUCUCGCUUCGGCUUCUUAGCCGUUGCCAUCAUCUUUCAUCUGGCCUACAUCUAUUCCAUCUUUGACAUUUACUUUGUCAGCCCAAUCGUCACAGGCAUGCGCCUCCAUGGCGUAGAGCGCGCGCCCUCCGUCAAGGCUCCUGCCGAUAGACUGGUCCUUUUUGUUGGUGAUGGUCUGCGUGCAGACAAGGCCUUCCAGUCCUUCCCCGAACCCUACCCCCAGACCGAAGCCGACCUCGUUCCUCGACCACUCGCUCCAUUUAUCCGCUCCAAAGUCCUCAACGAGGGUACCUUUGGCGUGUCUCACACCCGCGUGCCUACUGAGUCUCGUCCUGGCCAUGUCGCAUUGAUCGCCGGCUUGUACGAGGACGUCUCGGCUGUCGCAACUGGCUGGAAGAUGAACCCUGUCCACUUUGACAGCGUCUUCAACCGCAGUCGUCAUACUUGGAGCUGGGGAAGCCCCGAUAUUGUCCCCAUGUUCGAGACUGGCGCAGUUCCUGGCCGAGUAGACGCCUUUGCCUACGAAGCCGAGCUCGAGGAUUUUUCCAAAGACGCCACCAUCCUGGAUUACUGGGUGUUUGACCAUGUCAGGGAUUUCUUUGCCGAGGCAGCGACCAACAAAGAACUAGAUACGGCGCUGCGACAGGACAAGAUUGUCUUCUUCCUCCACCUCCUUGGUAUCGAUACCACCGGACAUUCUUAUCGCCCGUACUCCAAGGAAUACCUUCACAACAUCCAGGUUGUCGACCAAGGUGUCAAGGAAAUGACUGAACUCAUUGACAAAUUCUACGGUGACGACAGGACUGCCUACAUUUUUACGGCUGACCAUGGUAUGAGCGACUGGGGUAGCCACGGAGACGGCCAUCCCGACAACACUCGCACGCCUUUGGUGGCUUGGGGCUCUGGUGUCGCUGGUCCGGAGAAGCACGCCAACACUGUUGCGCCCGGCCACGACGAAUUUUCCGCAGACUGGGGUUUCGAUCAGAUCCGUCGCCACGAUGUUUCCCAAGCAGAUAUCGCUGCGCUCAUGGCCCAUUUAACUGGUCUAGACUUCCCUGCCAACUCUGUCGGUGAGCUCCCGCUCUCCUACCUUGCCGCCACAAACAAGGAAAAGGCCGAAGCAUCGCUUGUCAAUGCCCAAGGCAUUUUGGAAAUGUACCGUGUCAAGGAAACCAAGAAGAUGGCAACCGAGCUUCGGUUCCGUCCCUACAGCCCCUUCAACGAUGAGAAUGCCAGUCCUGACCAGCGCAUUAAUGCGAUCAAGGCUCUCAUUGAGAGCCAAAAGUACGAAGAGGCCAUCGAGGAGACGGAUGCCUUGAUCAAAGUCACACUUCAGGGUCUGCGCUAUCUCCAGACCUACGAUUGGCUGUUCCUGCGCGCGCUCAUCACCAUCGGUUACCUGGGCUGGAUGGCGUACGCCAUCACCACCGUUGUUGAUCUCUUUGUCGUGGGCCAAAAGUUCAAGCCCCAGCGCUCUGCCAUUGGCCUUGUAUUUUUCUCAUCGGUGCUGGUCACCUUGUACGCCUCAUUCAUCAUCUCCCAGUCCUCCAUGACGUACUAUCUCUACGCCAUCUUCCCCGUCGUCUUCUGGGAAGAAGUCUUUGCCUGCCGCCAGAGCCUUGCCGAGGGACGCAAAAUUCUCUUUUCCCACAUCAAGUCUGCGAGCGCCAUGCUUAGCUUUGGCCUCUACGUCGUCAUCUACGUCGGUGUUAUCGAGGGUCUCGCGCUCGGCUACAUUCACCGCGAAGUCUUUACCGGGCUCUAUGUCCUCGGUGCCCUCUGGCCCUUGCUGUAUGGCAUCUCCUUUCUCCAAAAGAACGCGACUCUGUGUGCCACCUGGAUCUUGUCUUGUCUCGUCAUGAGUACAUUUACCCUGCUUCCUGCUAACAAGACGGAUAAUGUUCCCUUGAUCCUAGCUGGUGGCGUUUCCAUGGUCAUCAUUGGUGUCUUGUAUCUGUCAUUUGAAGAUACAGUCUUGUCUGAUUUUAGCAAGCCCGCUGCCGGCAGCAAGAGCUUGAGCAACCCUCUGAGCCGCACCUUGAUGGGGGCGCAGAUUGGCUUGACCAUUCUGGCCAUGGUUGUGACUCGUUCAAGCGCACUCUCGCUUGCCGCAAAGACGGGUCUUCCUGUCGGCAACCAGGUAGUCGGAUGGACAGUUUUGAUCCUCUCGUUGUUGAUGCCCUUUGCGCACCGACUGCAGCCCAACAGCAACUAUAUGCAUCGCCUGAUGCUGAUUUUCCUGACCUGCUCACCCACCUUUGUCAUUUUGACCAUUUCAUACGAGGGUCUGUUUUACGUGGCUUUCUGCAUCACGCUAGUCGCCUGGGUCCGUCUCGAAUACUCUGUCGAGGUCUCUCGGCGAUCCUCGCCCAACACCAAGGACGCGGCCAAGAUUGAGCGGGACGGCUUGCAAUUCCGCGCACUGCGACUCUCUGACGCCCGCAUCGCGCUCUUCUUCCUCGCCCUGCUCCAGUCGGCCUUUUUCAGCACCGGCAACGUUGCCUCCAUCUCGUCCUUUAGCCUGGACAGCGUCAACCGCCUGCUGCCCGUCUUUGACCCCUUUUCGCAGGGCGCGCUUCUCAUCUUCAAGCUCAUGGUGCCCUUUGCGCUCAUCUCGGCCAAUCUGGGCGUGCUCAACAUUCGCCUCGGCGUCGCGCCAUCGGCGCUCUUCAUGAUUGUCAUGGCCAUCAGCGACAUCCUCACUCUCUACUUCUUCUGGGUCGUCAAGGACGAGGGCUCAUGGCUCGAGAUUGGCUCGACGAUCAGCCACUUUGCCAUUGCCAGCUUGCUGUGCGUCUUUGUUGCCGCCCUGGAGGCUGUAAGUGCGUUGUUUGUCUCGGGUGUCCAGGUCGGUGACCACGUCAAGGGACAAGCCCAAGUACCUGAGACGCCAGCCAAGACGGCAGGCUCCAACGGCCAUGCCUCUGCCAAGAAGAGCAACAAGAAGAAGAACUAA